UCUGGGACCAUGGAGGGAAGGCCUCUCUGCGGGGAGCUGGAACCAACGGGGAGGAGAAGGCCGCCUUGGAGAUUCCAGCCACAUCAGAGAGAGGAAGGGCAAGAAAUACUCUGGCUUCUUCCUCCCUUCCAUCCUUCUACCUAAACCCAGCCAGAGCCCUUUGGCAAAUUCCGUUUUGUUUCAAGGAGGGAAGCCGAGGUAUAUUUGCCCAGUGGAGGAAUGCUGUAGUUCCCAGCUCCUUCCUGACCUGCUUUUCUUAGGCUUCCAGGUGCUUCCUCAUCAGAAACCUUGAAACUGUUUGGUGCCAGCUCUCAGCCUGUGCUGAAUGUGUGCGUACAGGUCCCUGCUUGUCGUCCGCUGCACAUCUGGAGGCCUGUGAUGGGAAUGAGGGUGAGCACCUGGAGGUUUCCCCUGACUCAUCGCUCUGCCUGGGACAUCAUACUUUAGAAGCAGGACAGCUGCUCCACGAGGUGGUUGACUCCAAGGGCCAAGACGCCCUGUAGAAGGAAUGGAUGAAGGCCAUUCAUGAAGACCACGCCGCCUGCGGUCUAGUUCGGGGAGGCCGGGCCGCGAGGACGCCACCAGUCCCGGGUGCACUGCGACUGCUGAGUGGCGAUGGUGCGCCGGGGGCUGCUCGCGUGUGUCUCCCGGGUCGUGCUCCUCCCGGUGCUGCUCUGCUGCGCCAUCUCCGUCCUCUACAUGCUGGCCUGCACUCCGAGAGGCGACGACGAGCAGCGCGCGCUGCCCAGGGCCAGUGGCCCCACGGGCAAGGAAGGGUACCAGCUGCAGGAGUGGGAAGAGCAGCAGCGCAACUACGUCAGCAGCCUCAAGAGGCAGAUCGUGCAGCUCAAGGAGGAGCUGCAGGAGAGGAGCGAGCAGCUCAGGGGUGCCCAGGACCGCGCCAGUGACGCCGCGGGUCUGGGCCCGGACCAGGGCGCCCCUGAGAAAACCCAGGCUGACCUGCUGGCCUUCCUGCACUCCCAGGUGGACAAGGCAGAGGUGCACACCGGCGCCAAGCUGGCCACCGAGUACGCCGCGGUGCCUUUCGAUAGCUUCACGCUGCAGAAAGUGUACCAGCUGGAGACGGGCCUGACCCGCCACCCCGAGGAGAAGCCCGUGAGGAAGGACAAGCGGGAUGAGCUGGUGGAAGCUAUUGAAUCAGCCUUGGAGACCCUGAACAGCCCUGUGGAGAACGGCCCGAAUCAGCGGUCGUACACGGCCUCGGAUUUCAUUGAAGGGAUCUACCGCACAGAAAAGGAUAAAGGCACUUUGUAUGAACUGACGUUCAGAGGGGACCAGAAGCAUGAAUUCAGACGGCUUGUCUUGUUUCGACCAUUUGGCCCCAUCAUGAAAGUAAAGAAAGAAAGACUCAGCAUGGCCCACACACUUAUUAAUGUCAUCGUGCCGCUGGCAAGGAGGGUGGGCAAGUUCCGGCAGUUCAUGCAGAAUUUCAGGGAGAUGUGCAUUCAACAGGAUGGGAGAAUCCAUCUCACCGUUGUUUACUUUGGGAAGGAAGAAAUGAACGAGGUCAAAGGGAUACUUGAAAACACGUCUAGGGCUGCCAACUUCAGGAACUUCACCUUCAUCCAGCUGAACGGGGAGUUUUCUCGGGGAAAGGGGCUCGAUGUCGGAGCCCGCUUCUGGAAGGGAAGCAACGUCCUUCUCUUCUUCUGUGAUGUAGACAUCUACUUCACCUCCGAAUUCCUGAACACGUGCAGGCUGAACACCCAGCCAGGGAAGAAGGUGUUUUACCCAGUCCUUUUCAGCCAGUACAAUCCAGGUAUAAUAUACGGCCACCAGGAUGCGGUCCCUCCCUUGGAACAACAGCUGGUCAUAAAGAAGGAAACUGGAUUCUGGAGAGACUUUGGGUUUGGGAUGACAUGUCAGUAUCGGUCUGACUUCAUCAACGUAGGUGGGUUUGACUUGGACAUCAAAGGUUGGGGUGGGGAGGACGUGCACCUUUAUCGCAAGUACCUGCACAGCAACCUGGUGGUGGUGCGGACACCCGUGCGGGGCCUCUUCCACUUGUGGCACGAGAAGCACUGUGUGGACGAGCUGGCGCCCGAGCAGUACAAGAUGUGCAUGCAGUCCAAAGCCAUGAAUGAGGCAUCCCACGGGCAGCUGGGCAUGCUGGUCUUCAGGCCCGAGAUAGAGGCUCACCUGCGCAAACAGAGACAGAAGACGGGUAGCAAGAAAACAUGAACUCCCAGGGGUAGUACUGGGGAGACAUUCUAUUUUUUUAGCUUUUGCAAUUCCUGAAGGAGUGUCUGCAAACAGGGACAAGAGGCCUGUGGAGGGUGAAACAAGAAUCUAACGGAUCAGUCAAAGAGAUGAGGGGAAGCCUCCAGUUUCUUUCUGCCUAUUUGGCUUUGUAACAGGAAUAAAAUCUCACCCUUUGCCUGCAGAGGAACCCAGAUGCAGAGCCCGUGCCAUGCCCAACAAAGGCAGAAUGAUUGUGAGAUUAGAAGCCUAAUGGCGGGAGGUUUUGAUUGUGUUUAUAGCAAGUGAGAUCUGUUCUUUUCUAUGCCCACUGAAAUAUUCAUGAAUUAAGACUGAUUUUGUAAAAAGUUCAUUAGAAUGAGAGGCAAGCACAUUGUUCCCCACGUGAAUGAUUAUUCAGUAGAGCUCUAGUGUCUAAGGAUUCGAAAAUAUCAGAAGGCAGGCAAGGAGACCAUGUGAAAUUCAAAGAUAAAUUCAUCCCGAAACUUCUGAGUGUAUUAAGCAAAACCAAAUGGAUUAAAAAAGACAAAAAACUUAUUGUGGCAUUUUUCCCCAAGAUUAACCAAAAAUAAUCUGCUCAACUUCUUGGUUAUAGUUUUGACCAUCUCCGUUUGUUAAUUUCAUUUAAAAAUGCACUUUUUCUUUUUGCUUACGAGUUAUAUUCUGCUUAUUUAAUUACCAAUUUGCAAGCCUUACUAAGAGAGCACAAGUUAGUAUACAUCUUUAUAUUUUUUAGGAAGACAGUUUUAGAUGUAUUGUAAGAACUUCCAGUUAGGAGCAUCAGAUUGAUACCCAUAUCCAAGGACAUGUGUCAAAUACUGGGGAGGCACUGGGUAGGGCUCCUGAUAGACCAGGACUUAGAAAGAAUUCAUCUGAAGAGUAUUUCCCAAAAGGAGCAGCUGAACACUGGAGAAAAUAAAGAUAUAUUUUUUACCUUAAGAGGAAAGGAAACUUGUUCAGACUAGUGAUAUCUUGAUUUAUUCACAACUCAGAAAAACACAUUUUCUCCUCAGGAGAAAUGGGACCACUUUCUUACCUGUCUCAAUAAACCAAAGUGUACUGUGCGAACCAAACAGUCUCUUUCCAAAGGAGGUGCUCUUCCUGGCUUCUGGCUUUCAUAGGAAGAAAUGCAGAAGAAAUGUAUUCUGUCAAAGAUCCUUUCACCUGCCAGAGUCAGAUGGGUAGAUUUUGCUACAUGGCCCCAAUCUAGGGGGAAGUAACUUAAUUAUUUUUUAAAUUAAGCAGUUCUAUUCAGUCACCAAGAUGCUUUUGAAAAUUGCAUUUUAUUACAGUUUCUAACUAUUAAAAAAAAAUACAGUUAA